AUGCGCCAAGUUUCUCUCAGCUUCGUCCCACGACCAACCUCUCUCCGACCUUCCCUCACUUCCACCCCCCCUCCAUCAACUUUACGACUUUCCCAAAUUCUACCAGCCCUUUCUUUUCUCCUUGAGCUUCCAUUUCUUUCAUACCCGUUUUGA